UUUACUUGAUACAUAACUAUACAUUAAAUUAUUUAUUAAUAUUAAUAAAAAUGUUUGAACAUCCCCUGUAGACUCGUCCAAUUUGACUGACGUCAUAAUAUUGGGACCUUCAAAGCGUAUUCCAUGCCAUCAGCUACGAAACAUUUUUUACGUAAGUCCCCAAGCAACCAACGCUGGUACGCUGUGAAAAAAACGCAAUUGGAAUAAUGAAUACUGGGGCUAAGAGCCGUUACACUGGUAACAACGAAAGCUUCUCUGUUUGUCAACAGAAAAGCAAGGCAGGUCUUCGGACAGUAUAUCCUGAAUGCAAUUACUAAACUAACGCUUUUUGCCGUGCAGAGCUGUAUAAUUUUUAUUCAUUUCAUUCAUCCACUACACAAGAUAGAUGUAGACUCAGUUUCCGUUUGGUCUGAGUACGCAGUGACUAUAGAUAAGAAAGAUGCCGACUGGCUUGACAGAUACAAGGAAAAAUUUCAUCCUCACGACAACAGGAAACUAUUUUGGACUCCAGCCAUCAGAUCCUCUCAUAUCUCCAUUGAGUGACAGCAAGGAACUUAACUGUUUUUUAGAUGAUGGCAAUGAAUUUGUGCUCUCGAUUCUUAAAUCUGGGAAGAACCUUGUCAUGUCUAACAAGGUUGAUUCAAGUGACUCAAAGGACAAAGUGCUGGUGUUCUUCAAGCUGCGACCAGAUGUUAUAACUGAAGACAAUCUUCACAGUAAUGUUCUGGUGUCCUCAAUGUUGGAUUCCCCCAUUAACACACUAUAUCAGGCUGUGCAUCAGGUGUUUGCACCAAUACUUUUAAAGGAUGAAAAAUGGAGCAAGAAUUUUGACCCAAAACUUCAAAACCUCUUGAGUGAACUUGAAGCAGGACUGGGCUCUGUUGUAAGGCGAUCCGACCUAAAUUUUACUGGAAAGAAAUUUGGCAAAGAAGAUGAUAUUUUGGGGAUUUUAACACCAUGUGAUGAAUUUCAGUUUUGGGCAGAACUUGCACAAGUUGCAGGCAAGUCCAGCAACAAGGAGAGAGCUGCCCAUUUUAACAGUCUUUUUGAACCAAUAGUAAAGGAUUACCACAGUUUGGAGAGCCUAUCCUUGGCUGAUGCUGUGGAGUUGGUUGACACCACACGAGACGCAUUAGAUGAUGUGUGGAGACAAACUGAGCAUGAUCCUUACCCAGAGACACGCAUGCAGCAUUUAAUGGAUGUGAUAGGUUCUGCCCUGGGGAGGUAUGUUCAGAAGAAGCUGGGUCCAGUGAAGCUCUGGGAAGACCCAUUUCACACUGUAAAAGAGAAACUCCGGGCUGGCAUUUCUGUUUGUGAGCAAUGGGUGGGAGCCUGUGACUAUCUGACUGGACAGCUGUGGCGACGCUAUACACCCCAUCAGUGGCAGAACAACAAAUAUUCGCCAGAACGUCUGGAGAACUUGACUAAACGCCUGGAAGAGGUUCUGACAGUUCGCACUGUGCAUGAAAAGCUUAUUCGUCUUUUGCCACAAGGUAACCAACAAGCACUUUCAGUGGCACUUGUGUUUGAACCAUUUGCUGGUCUUAAUCCGCUGCACUAUAACCCCUACACAGAGCCCUUGUGGAAAGCUGCAGUAUCACAGUAUGAACGGGCCAUUGCACCUGCUGAGAUGAAAAUUGCAAGCAAGUUGAAAGCCUGCAUUCUUGAAGUCCAGGACAACCCCCAUCAGCUACUUCAAGCCUUUCAAAAGUAUAAGGAACUUAUCAAACGACCAAGCAUUAGUAAGGAUCUGCUUUCUGAAAGGGAAUUAUUACUGGCAAGACUUCUAGACUAUGCCAAAGGUAUUCGUACAGACUUUGAAAAUCGAUGUCAUGGUGUCCCGGGAGAAAAAUCUGGACCACUUGCAGGCAGAAAUCUCCCUGAAGUUGUCAAUAACAUUGUUUGGGUACGACAACUGGUACUAAAGGUGGAUGAUUCAGUUAAAAUAGCUGGAGCCCUGCUUGCAGAUCUGUCAUUAUUCCGCUCAUUUGUAAAGGUUUCAGAUGACCUGCAGGAGCAGCUAAGGGCUUACGAACAGGAUCAGUUUGAUGACUGGUCCAGAGACAUUCAGUCAGGGCUGUCAGAUCCCAAAUCUGGCAUCAGCCUGCAAGCCAGCAGUCGUGUUAUGGAGUUGGAUCACAUAGAUGGGAAGUUAAAAAUCCAAUAUUCAGACCGCUUGGUGAUGCUUCUGAGAGAAGUGAGGCAACUCUCUGCAUUGGGAUUUGCUAUUCCUGCUAAAAUCCAACAGGCAUCCAAUUCAGCAGAUAAAUUUUACAGACAAGCAAUUAUUCUUAAACAGGUUGCCCAUUUUUACAAUACAAUUGAUCAGCAGAUGAUUCCAAGUCAGAGACCAAUGAUGUUGAAUUAUGCCUUGGCUUUUGAAAAAAUCAUAAAGAAUCCAAAAGCUGUCUCCAAGGAAUCUGGAGGAAAGGUGCAAAUUACCUGGGAUAAUCCCAAAGAACUGGAGGGUUAUAUUAAAACACUACAAACUGCAGCUGAGCGUCUUUCUACUGAGAACAGAAAACUGAGGAAGUGGCAUACAGACUUCAGUGAAAAGGUAGUAACAAUGAUGAGUGUUGAUUUACUUCGACAACAGCAACGGUGGAAAGAUGGUCUUCAAGAGCUGAGGACUGGUUUUGCGAGUCUAGAGUCGCAGGGUUUUCGCUCAGGUGACAUGAAAGCAUGGAGGCAGCAUUGGAACCAUCAGCUAUACAAAGCAUUAGAGCAUCAAUAUCAAGUGGGUUUAGAGGCACUAAAUGAGAAUCUACCAGAAAUAAACAUUGACUUAACCUUUAAACAGGGAAGGCUGCAGUUUAAGCCUCUGUUUGAAGAAGUCCGUGCUAAAUACUUCAGAGAAAUGAAGAGGUUUAUCUCCAUUCCCAAUCAGUUCAAGGGAGUGAGUGAACAGGGAGAACCACUGAUUUUCACCGUCAUGAUUGACAGAAAUGCAAAUGGCUUUGUCACUAUUUUCAGUAAAGCAGAAAAUCUGUUCAAGAGGCUGGCAGCAGUUCUGGAUACAUUUAAGGAAUGGGUUGUCUUUGGACAAGUGGAUAUUGACGCAUUAGUGGAGAAGCAUCUUCACAAUGUCCAUGACUGGGAAAGGAAUUUUAAGGCUUUGAAAACCAGAGGGAAAGAGUCAGAACGAUUGCCGAGCACAGCGAAGGUGGAUUGUAUAACAAUUAACUGCAAUCCUGUGAAAGCUGUGAUUGAUGACUUAAUUCAGAGGCUGUUUGAUGCUCUUCUCCUGUCUUUGAGGAAAUCUAUUCAAGCCAAUAUACAAGACAUUGACACCUUUGUCACAGAAGCAAUGGAAACCUUGUCAACCAGACCGCAAACAGUAGAUGAAAUUGGAGAGGCCAAUGCCAAGCAUGGAGAGCUGCAAACUAAGAAGCCUGAAAUUUUACCUUUGUUUCAAGAGGCUGAAGAUAAAAACCGUCUCCUGCGGUCAGUGGCAGGUGGAGGUCUUGAAGCUAUCAGUGCUCUCAGAGCCAGAUGGGAUAAAUUUGAAUUAAUGAUGGAGAGUCAUCAGCUUAUGAUCAAAGAGCAGGUUGAGUUGAUGAAGUCAAAUGUUGAAUCUCGUAUAAAGAUGUACGAACAAGAACUGGAAAAGUUUAAAGCCCGUUGGGAUCAAUUAAAGCCUAAUGAUGACAUCAUUGAAACUGGUAACUUGGAGGCCCUUCAAAAGUGUGUCCAGACCAUAAAGGAGAAGAAGGCUGAGUUUGGGGAACUUGAAAACACAAGGAAAAAGCUAAUUGAAGACUGUCAUCAUUUUGAAUUGGAACAGCCUGACUUUGCCCUAGCUGACAGCAUUCUCAGAGACAUUGAGGACUUUUCAGUGACCUGGUCUCUGUAUGAAGAAUUCCAGGAAGGAUUUCUGGAGAUGACAAAGGAAGAUUGGAUCACUUUUAGGAGCAAGACCUACCUCUUUGAAGAGUUCCUUUUCAUGUGGCAUGAGAGACUAAGAAAACAAGAGGAACACACAACGAUGACUGUAAAACUGCAGGAUGAGAUUGACAAAUACAAAAUGGUGGUUCCUGUGUUGAAGUAUGUCCGGGGAGAGCAUCUUUCUCAGGAUCACUGGCUGGACCUCUUCCGUAUCGUGGGGCUCCCCAGAGGCACCACUCUGGAGAAGCUUGUGUUUGGGGACCUGCUCCGAGUGGCAGAUACAAUUGUUGCAAAGGCUACAGAACUCAAAGACCUGAAUAGCCGAGCGCAGGCUGAAGUCACCAUUCGAGAAGCUCUACGUGAACUUGACCUGUGGGGAGUUGGUGCUGUUUUCACCCUAACUGACUAUGAGGACAGCCAGAACAAAAUUAUAAAACUGAUCAAGGACUGGAAGGAUAUUGUAAACCAGGUCGGGGAUAAUCGCUGUCUUCUUCAGUCACUGAAAGACUCCCCAUAUUACAAAGGCUUUGAGGACAAAGUAUACAUAUGGGAGACAAAGCUGGCUGAACUGGAUGAAUACCUGCACAAUUUGAACCAGAUACAGAGGAAGUGGGUGUAUUUGGAACCCAUUUUUGGUCGUGGAGCACUGCCUAGGGAGCAGGCACGCUUCAAGAGAGUGGAUGAGGAUUUCAGAGCUAUAAUGGCAGAUGUGCACAGGGACAGCAGAGUUACAUCACUUAAUGCAAGAGCAGGAAUCAGGCAUUCUCUUAUCACUAUACUGGAUCAACUUCAACGGUGCCAGAAAUCUCUGAAUGAAUUUUUGGAGGAGAAACGUUCUGCUUUCCCACGGUUUUAUUUCAUUGGAGAUGAUGACUUGUUGGAGAUCCUUGGACAAGCCACCAACCCUACUGUCAUUCAAUCUCACCUAAAGAAACUUUUUGCAGGUAUCAACACUGUGGAUUUUGAUGAAGAAUUUCAGCAUAUUACUGCUAUGAAAUCUCUAGAGGGUGAAGUUGUGUCUUUGAAAAAUAAGAUUCACAUUUCAAAUGAUGUUGAGGUCUGGCUGAGCGAUUUAGCUUCUGAGAUGAAAGAAACACUGAAACAACUGCUGUUUGAUUGUGUUACUGCUGGGAGAAGAUCAGGCAUUGAUCCUUCACGCUUUCCAUCCCAGAUUCUGUGCUUAGCUGAACAGAUCCAGUUUACAGAAGAUGUUGAAAAUGCUAUUCAGGUUCAUAAGCUUCAGCAACUGGAGGUGGAUUUGAUGGCUAAACUGGACCAUUAUACUGGUGUGGAUACCAGAAAUGAGGAUUCAGGGCAAACUGAUGUUAGUGUUUUGCAGCUAAAAUUAAAAGCCCUUAUCCUUGACAUCAUCCAUAAUAUUGAUAUUGUGAAGCAGCUUCAAGAAGCAGAGGUGAGCAGUAAGGAGGACUGGGCUUGGAAGAAGCAGCUGCGAUUCUAUAUGAAGCAAGACAAGAAAUGCUACAUUCAGAUGGUCGAUGCGGAAUUCCAUUAUACAUAUGAAUACCAGGGUAAUGCGGCCAAGCUGGUUCACACUCCUUUGACAGAUAAGUGUUAUCUCACUCUGACACAAGCCAUGAAGAUGGGGUUAGGAGGAAAUCCCUACGGGCCAGCAGGGACUGGCAAGACUGAGUCUGUAAAAGCUCUUGGUGGACUGUUUGGGAGACAGGUUCUUGUUUUUAAUUGUGAUGAGGGUAUUGAUGUUAAGUCUAUGGGGCGCAUAUUUGUUGGUUUGGUGAAGUGUGGCGCCUGGGGUUGCUUUGACGAGUUCAAUCGGCUGGAGGAGGCCGUGCUGUCAGCUGUUUCCAUGCAAAUCCAGGCUAUUCAGAACUCCCUGAAAAAUCAAAGAAAUGCUUGUGAACUUCUUGGGAAAGAGGUGGAGCUGGAUCCCAACUCUGGUAUUUUCAUAACCCUGAACCCUGCAGGGAAGGGCUAUGGUGGAAGACAGAAACUACCUGAUAAUCUGAAACAGCUUUUCAGACCUGUGGCCAUGUCUCGCCCUGACAACGAACUAAUCGCAGAAGUCAUUCUGUACUCUGAGGGCUUCAAAGAUGGCAAGAUUUUAGGCAGAAAAUUAGUUGCCAUCUUUAAUCUUUCUAGAGAGCUUUUAACCCCUCAGCAGCAUUAUGAUUGGGGUUUGAGAGCCCUGAAAACUGUUCUCCGGGGUUGUGGAAGCCUUCUGCAGCAACUGAAAAAAAACGAGAACAAAGAGACAAUAAAGGAAAGUCAUAUUGUGGUGCAGGCUUUGCGUCUAAACACCAUGUCGAAGCUGACGUUUACAGACUGCUCUCGAUUUGAUGCCUUGGUUAGAGAUGUUUUCCCUGGGGUUGACUUUAAGGAUGUUGAAUAUAAAGAGUUAACUACAGCCUUACAGGCUGUGUUUGAAGAGGCAAAGUUAGAAAUCAUACCAAGCCAGAUGAAGAAGGCUCUUGAACUUUAUGAGCAGUUGCGUCAGAGAAUGGGAGUGGUGAUCGUGGGCCCAAGUGGUGCCGGGAAGUCAACGCUGUGGCGCAUGCUGAAGGCAGUGCUAGGCAAGAAUGAUAAGGUGGUGAAACAGUACACUAUGAACCCCAAAGCCAUGCCCAGGCAGCAGCUUCUGGGCCACAUCGACAUGGACACUAGGGAGUGGUCGGAUGGAGUCCUAACUAACAGUGCGAGACAGGUGGUGCGGGAGCCACAGGAGGUGAGCUCCUGGAUAAUCUGUGAUGGUGAUAUUGACCCUGAAUGGGUUGAGUCCCUGAACUCAGUCCUGGAUGACAACAGGCUGCUCACUAUGCCCAGCGGGGAGAGAAUUCAGUUUGGUCCCAAUGUUAACUUUCUGUUUGAAACACAUGACCUUAGCUGUGCCUCUCCUGCCACCAUAUCUAGAAUGGGAAUGAUCUUUCUGAGCGAUGAAGAUACAGAUGUUAAUUCUCUGGUGAAAUCCUGGUUGCAAAAUCAGUCAGAUGAAUGCAGAAGCAAUCUUGAAAACUGGAUUGGAGACUAUUUUCAAAAGAGUUUAGACUGGGUUUUGAAACAAAAUGACUUUGUUGUGGAUACCAGUCUGGUGGGGACAGUCUUCAAUGGGCUGUCACACCUCAGUGGUGUCAGAGAGCGAGGGCAGUUUGUCGUCAGUCUCAUCAGGGGUCUUGGCAGCAAUCUAAAUCUGAAAUCACGGCAGGAGUUUGCAAAAGAGGUUCUAAGCUGGGCCCGUGAAAGCCCGCCUGAUCCGAGGAAGCCUCUGGACACAUUGUAUGACCCUCAGACGGGACGCCUGAAGGCUUAUUUGCUGGAGAAGCCAGAAAAUCUGUCUGCAGACGAUUUCACUAACCCUCAGAAACUUCCAGUCAUUCAAACACCCGACAUGCAGAGGGGUCUUGAUAACUUCAAGCAAUGGCUCAGCUCUGAAAACAGGCAGCCCUUUAUUUUAGUAGGACCUGAGGGCUGUGGAAAAGGAAUGCUCCUGCGAUAUGCCUUCUCCCAGCUCAGAUCCACACAGGUUGCCACUGUGCAUUGCAGUGCCCAGACCUCCUCUCGUCAUAUUCUGCAGAAGUUGAUGCAGACCUGUCUAAUACUUAGCUCCAACACUGGACGUGUCUACAGACCUAAAGAUUGUGAACGUCUUGUUUUGUACUUAAAGGACAUCAACCUGCCAAAACCAGACAAAUGGGGAACCAGCAAUCUAAUAGCUUUUCUUCAGCAGGUGCUGACCUAUCAUGGAUUUUACGAUGAUAAUCUGGAGUGGGUUGGUCUGGAGAACAUUCAGAUUGUGGCUUCAAUGUCCGCAGGGGGCACAGUGGGAAGACAUAUCCUAACGACUAGAUUUACAUCAGUUGUUCGCAUAUGUACAAUCGAUUAUCCUGACAGAGACCAACUGCAGACUAUCUACAGUGCUUAUCUUCAGCCUGUGCUACACAGGAACCUAAAAAGCCACCCAGCCUGGGGUUCAGCAGGCAAAAUACACCAGCUGGCUGGAUCCAUGGUGCAGGUGUAUGAGCAGGUCAGAGCGAAAUUUACAGUUGAUGACUACAGUCACUACCUCUUCACUCCCUGCAUUCUCACACAGUGGGUGCUCAGUUUGUUUCGAUAUGAUUUAACCGGAGGCACAUCACAAAACUCAGUAGACCUCGUUUUAGAAGUUAUAGCUUACGAAGGACAUCGUCUCUUCCGGGAUCGUCUUGUGAGCACAAAGGACAUCAAUGCAUUUGACAACAUUUUGAUGUCAGUGAUUCGUGGAGACUGGGGUUCAGAUGUGCUAGAAAAUAUGGCAGACUCUUACUAUGUCACCUGGGGAGCUCCUCAUGAAGCUGGUGCAGUAAUAGCUCCUGGACAGCCUUUACCUUCACAUGGAAAACCACUGGGCAGACUGAGCUCCAUGGAUUUGAAGGAAGUUAUCCACAAGGGCAUAAUCCAGUAUGGAAGAGACAACAGGGAACUGGACAUCCUGAUUUUCCACGAGGUCCUUGAAUACAUGUCCAGGGUGGAUAGAGUCUUGAGCUGUCCUGGAGGGUCACUGCUUCUGGCUGGACGCAGUGGAGUGGGCCGUCGUACUGCCACCUCUGUGGUUAGCCACAUGCAUGGAGCCACAAUGUUCACACCCAAGAUCUCCAGGGGUUAUGGACUGAAGCAAUUCAGAAAUGACCUAAAGCAUGUGAUGCAGCUCGCUGGAAUUGAAGGGCAGCAGGUAGUUCUUCUUCUUGAAGACUACCAGUUUGUGCACUUUUCUUUUCUCGAGAUGGUCAAUAGUCUGCUGUCUUCAGGCGAGGUUCCAGGUUUGUAUACUACAGAAGAACUGGAACCACUUCUAUCACCUUUAAAAGACCAGGCUUCUCAAGAUGGCUUCACCGGACCCAUUUUUAAUUAUUUUUCAUAUAGAAUCCAGCAGAACCUUCAUAUCGUCUUGAUAAUGGAUUGCACGAAUUCCAACUUCACUAUUAACUGCGAGAGCAACCCGGCUUUGUACAGAAAAUGUUCAGUGCAGUGGAUGGAAGGCUGGUCUGACAGUAGCAUGAGAAAAAUCCCUGAAAUGCUGCUUUCAAAAACAUCAGGACAGGAAGAGAACAAAGGAGGCAAAAAAGAACAUAAUAGAAAGAUCUCUGGACAGGAUGCUCUUACAAAAUCUUUUCUGGUGAUCCACGAGUCAUGUAAAGAAUAUGGUGCUACUCCCAGUGAAUACAUGACAUUUCUCCACAUCUACAGCACCAUAUACAGCAGCAAGAAAACUGAGUUAAUAAAAAGGCAGAGUCAUUUACAGGCUGGUGUUUCAAAACUGAAUGAAGCCAAAGCACUUGUGGAUGAACUUAAGAGCAAAGCUGCAGAGCAGAGCACAUUGCUAAGAACAAAACAAGCAGAAGCUGAUGCAGCCCUACAAGAGAUCACAGUGUCCAUGCAGAAUGCUAGUGAUCAGAAGACUGAGAUGGAAAAGAUAAAAUAUAAGAUUGCGGAAGAAGUUUCUAAAAUUGAAGAGAGGAAGGCAACAAUUGAAGGUGAACUCAAGGAAGUACAACCUCUUGUAGAUGAAGCUAAACAAGCUGUAGGAAACAUUAAGCCAGAAUCGCUCUCUGAAAUCCGGUCGUUGCGCAUGCCGCCAGAUGUAAUUAGAGAUAUUCUGGAGGGUGUCUUGAGACUGAUGGGAAUUUUUGAUACCUCAUGGGUUAGCAUGAAGAGUUUCCUUGCUAAAAGGGGGGUGAGAGAAGAUAUAGCAACUUUUGAGGCACGAAACAUAACACACGAAAUUCGAGAAAGUGUCGAAGAACUUCUUCAUAAAAACAAGGCUUCAUUUGACCCAAAAAAUGCGAAGCGUGCAAGUGCUGCAGCUGCUCCGCUGGCAGCCUGGGUCAAGGCAAACGUUCAAUACUCACAUGUGAUGGAGAGGAUUCAGCCUCUGGAAAAGGAGCAGUCAGGAUUAGUUGAUAAUCUCCGUAAAACUGAAGGCAGGAAAAAUAAAUUGGAAGAUGAGCUGAACUCCGUGGGUCAGAAAGUUACAGAACUAAAGGAAAAAUUUCAGUCCAGAACAACAGAGGCUGCCAAGCUGGAAGCUGAAGUGAGCAAGGCCCAAGAAACAAUCGAGGCAGCAGAAAAACUGAUCCACCAGCUUGAUGGGGAACACAAGAGAUGGAAUACCCAGGUGGCAGAGAUAACCGAGGAGCUGGACACAUUACCUAAGCGAGCCCAGCUUGCAGCUGCGUUUAUCACUUAUCUAUCUGCUGCACCAGAGGAUCAGAGAAAAGCUAGCUUGGAGGAAUGGAUGGAAUUAUCUGGUCUUCAAAAGUUUGAUCUCCGACAUUUUCUGUGCACGGAGAGUGAACAGCUCAUUUGGAAGAGUGAAGGGUUGCCAUCAGAUGACCUGUCAAUGGAGAAUGCUCUUGUUAUUUUGCAGAUCAAUGCCUUGAAGCCCCGGAGCUGUGCGUGCCCAUUCCUGAUAGAUCCUUCCUCCCGUGCUACAGAAUGGCUGAGAACACAUCUCAAAGAGUCACGUCUGGAAAUCAUAAACCAGCAGGACUCAAACUUUAUCACAACCCUGGAACUGGCAGUCCGCUUUGGUAAGACACUUGUUAUCCAGGAGAUGGAUGGAGUUGAACCAGUCCUCUACCCUUUGCUGAGAAGGGAUCUUAUUGCUCAGGGCCCUCGUUAUGUUGUCCAAAUUGGAGACAAAAUCAUUGAUUACAACGAAGAAUUUCGCUUGUUCCUUGCAACUCGGAACCCCAGUCCCUUUAUUCCACCGGACGCAGCAUCUGUCAUCACAGAAGUUAACUUUACUACAACCAGAGCUGGUCUCCGAGGACAGCUUUUGGCAUUAACUAUCCAACAUGAGAAGCCAGACCUGGAAACGCAGAAGACUAAACUUCUACAGCAAGAGGAGGAUAAGAAAAUACAGCUGGCUAAACUUGAAGAAUCUCUUUUAGAGACUCUUGCAACUUCACAAGGAAACAUCUUGGAAAACAAAAACCUAAUCGAAUCUCUGAAUAAGACCAAGGCAAGCAGUGCCCUCAUUCAGGAGUCACUCACUGAGUCACAUAGGCUACAAGUCUCUUUGGAUCAGGAGAGAGAUGCCUAUCUUCCAUUAGCAGAAAGUGCAAGCAAGAUGUACUUCAUUAUAACAGACUUAUCCAAAAUUAAUAACAUGUACCACUUCAGCCUGGCAGCGUUUCUAAGGCUCUUCCAGAGGGCUCUGCAAAGCAAAAAGGAGUCUGAAAACACUGAAGUCAGAAUCACAUCUCUGAUUACCUCUCUGAAGAACACAGUGUAUGAAUAUGUCUGUCGCUCCCUUUUUAAGGCUGAUCAGCUUAUGUUUGCUCUACAUUUUGUCCGAGGAAUGCAUCCAGAGCUCUUUCAAGAGAACGAAUGGGAUGCAUUUACUGGACUGAUUGUUGGAGACAUGAUCAGAAAAAAUGAUACACAGAAAUCCCUGAGAGAGCAGAUUCCAUCGUGGAUUGACCAAGAAAGAAUGGGAGCAGUGGCAUUAUUCAAGAACACCUUCACAUCCUUGUAUCAGAGUUUAUGUUUGGAUGAUGCAAGUCUCUGGCUUACUUUCUCUCAAAGUUUUACCUGUGAACAGGACUUCCCACAAUCCAUUUCUAAGAAAAUCACAUUGUUCCAACAGGUCCUGGUGGUCCAAGCAAUCAGACCAGACAGACUUCAAAGUGCCAUGGCUGUCUUUGCAUCCAGAGCCCUGGGAAUGAGAGAGCUUUCUCCAUCACCUUUGAAUCUGAAGAGGCUGUAUAAGGAAACCCUAGAAAUUGAGCCAAUCCUGAUUAUUAUUUCUCCUGGUGCUGAUCCUUCCCUAGAGUUGUUGGAACUUGCUAGUGAGGUGAUUGGCAAAGAGUACUACCAUGAGGUGGCUAUGGGCCAGGGCCAGGCUGACAUCGCCAUCCAGACUCUUAAGGAAUGUGCACGCAAUGGGGAAUGGCUUUGUUUGAAAAAUCUGCAUCUGGUUACAGCUUGGCUUCCAGUUUUAGAAAAGGAGUUAAAUUCACUUCAGCCUAAAUCUAACUUCCGCCUUUGGCUCACUGCAGAAGUUCACCCGAAAUUCACGCCAAUACUCCUUCAGUCAAGUCUAAAGAUUACAUAUGAGGCGCCUCCAGGUCUGAAAAAGAACCUGAUGAGGACGUAUGAAUCCUGGACCCCUGAACAGAUUAGUCACACGGGUCUCUUGCCUCGAGCUCAGUCCCUUUUUUGCUUGGCGUGGUUCCAUGCUGUGUGUCAGGAGCGAAGGAAUUACAUCCCUCAAGGUUGGACCAAGUUCUAUGAGUUUUCUUUGUCAGAUCUUCGUGCAGGAUUUGAAAUCAUUGAUAGACGUUUUGAAGGAACAAAAGAUUUUCAGUGGGAGUUUGUUCAUGGUUUGUUGGAAAAUGCCAUCUAUGGUGGUCGCAUUGACAACGUGUUUGAUCUGCAAAUCCUGCGUUCUUACCUGGAGCAGUUCUUCAACUCCAGAGUUAUCAUGGGAUCUCAGUCCAGAGGCAAGAAAGCAACCGCUUUCCCUUCACAAAUCAGCCUGCCCAACUCCUGCAGUAUUUUGGACUACCGCAGUGUUAUUGAAAAUUUGCCAGAGGAUGACAAGCCAGCAUUCUUUGGUCUACCUGCUAACAUAGAGCGCUCGUCCCAGCGUAUUAUCAGCUCCCAGGUGAUUUCCCAGCUGCGAAUCUUAAGCAGAUCUGUCACUGCUGGCUCCAAGUUCGACAGGGAAAUCUGGUCAAACGAGCUCUCACCUGUCCUCAACCUCUGGAAGAAACUUAAUCAGGGUUCUAAUCUCAUCCAUCAGAAGGUAUCGCCUCCCAACGAGAGGCUGGGGUCCCCAGUUCUGUCAUUCAUUAUCCUAGAGCAGUUUAAUGCGAUCCGACUGGUACAGAGUAUUCAUCAGUCCUUAGCAGCGCUCAGCAAAGUUAUCCGAGGAACUUCCCUGCUGACAUCUGAAGUGCAGAAGCUCGCUACGGCAUUACUGAACCAAGAGUGCCCACUAAGCUGGCAGAACAAAUGGGAAGGCCCAGAAGAUCCUAUGCAGUACCUCAGAGGAGUUGUGGCCCGAACUCUUGCAAUACAGAACUGGGUUGACAAAUCAGAGAAACAGAGUUUGCUCUCAGAUACACUUGAUCUCGCAGAACUGUUCCAUCCUGACACCUUCCUUAAUGCCCUGCGACAGGAGACGGCAAGAACCAUGACUUGCUCAAUGGACAGUCUGAAAUUUGUAGCAUCCUGGAAAAGCAGAAUUACAGGGGCACAACAACAAGUCAAGAUUGGCGGCCUGCAACUGGAAGGGUGCAGCUUUGACGGAAACCGUCUUUCAGAGAACCAGCACGACUCCCCCAGCGUGUCAGCGGUGCCCCCUUGUUAUAUGGCCUGGAUUCCUCAGAAUGCCAGCGGGCCUUAUUCUCCUGAAGAGUGCAUCCCCUUGCCGGUGUACACCAGCGCAGAGCGAGUUCGUGUAGUGACAAACAUUGAUGUACCGUGCGGAGGAAACCCAGACCGCUGGAUUCAGUGUGGAGCAGCACUAUUUUUAAAGCAGCAAUAAUUUAACAACAACAUAUAUGUAUUGUUGUUAAUCGUUUUCUACAAGUUAUGUGUUAUAUAGCACUAGUGAUUAAUUCUAUUCAUGCUGUAUCUAAGUGUCUGUUUGUUCUUGAUAAUCUUACUUCCGUUUUAAGUGUGUACAAGACUAAAACAUUAUGGACAAUUACAAAUGUAUAUGUUACACAUCUAUAUGAACUAGCUAGCACUUUUCAAGUCCAUGAUUUUUACCAUACUAGUUUCACUAAACAAGCCAAGAGAUAAAUAAACAUUAUAUUAAUUCUGUAUAUUUUUAGUACUUGUACAUUGGCAUAAUUUAAUGUAUUGCUGUAUUUUGAUGUAUUAAAUUUGUGUUUGAAUUAAUAAAAAUGACAAAGCAAAGCAAUUAAAAAAAAAAAAU